CCGCCGCCCACUACGAGCUUCUUCUCGCGAUAGACGAAUCGAGCGAGCGUCGAGCAACAUGGCGGAAGAGGAGGUGGCGAAGCUGCAGAAGCACCUGGCCCUGCUCAGGCAGGAGUAUGUGAAGAUGCAGCAGAAGCUGGCUGACACGGAGAGGCGCUGUGCCAUGCUCGCUGCUCAGACUCCUGGCCAGAGCACUGCCGAUCCUGCAGCCGCAGAAACCUUCAUUAGCCGUCUCCUGGACAUCGUGGCCAACCUGUAUCGGCAGGAACAGUACAGUGAUCUGAAAGUAAAAGUGGCAGGAGAGCAGUUUUGUGCUCACAAGUUUGUGCUGGCAGCUCGCAGUGAUGUCUGGAGUCUGGUCAACCUAGCCUCAACCUCUGAACUGGAUCUAACAGACUGCAAACCUGAAGUUGCUAUGGCAAUGCUGAACUGGGCGUACACAGAUGAGCUGGAACUUGGCGGGGAUGAUGCCUUUCUUAUCGACUUGAUGAAGCUUGCCAAUCGUUUCCAGCUUCAGCUGCUUAGAGAAAGGUGUGAAAAAGGCGUUAUGUCAUCGGUGAAUGUCAGGAACUGCAUAAACUUCUAUCAAACAGCUGAGGAAUUAAAUGCUACCACCCUGAUGAACUACUGUGGGGAGAUCAUAGCAAGUCACUGGGAUGAUCUGAGGAAAGAAGAUUUCACCACAAUGAGUGCCCAACUUCUCUACAAGAUGAUCAAAUCCAAAACGGAGUAUCCUCUGCACAAAGCCAUCAAAGUUGAGCGUGAAGAUGUGGUGUUUUUGUAUCUCAUUGAGAUGGACUCGCAGUUACCUGGCAAGUUAAAUGAACUGGACAACAAUGGUGACCUGGCACUGGACUUGGCUCUGUCCCGGAAAUUGGAAAGUAUCGCCACCACUCUGGUUAACAACAAGGCUGAUGUGGACAUGGUGGACCAGAGUGGCUGGAGCCUCCUGCAUAAGGCCAUCCAAAGAGGUGAUGAAUUUGCCUCCAUCUUCCUGAUUCGCCACUCUGCUCAGGUGAAUGCGGCCACAGUUGGGGCAGUGGAAACCCCUCUUCACUUGGUCUGUUCUUUCAGCCCAAAGAAACACUCAGUUGAGGUGAUGACCGGCAUGGCCCGAAUCGCAGAGGCUCUCCUUAAAGCAGGAGCCAACCCUAACAUGCAGAACAGCAAGGGCAGAACUCCAUUGCAUGAAGCUGUGGCAUCAGGGAAUGAAGCAGUGUUCAACCAGCUGCUAGAGUGCAAACAGCUUGACCUGGAACUCAAGGACCAUGAGGGCAGCACAGCUCUGUGGCUGGCACUGCAGUAUAUCACCAUGUCUUCAGAUGCUUCCGUGAACCCGUUUGAGGAUGAUGCACCUGUAGUCAAUGGCACUUCUUUUGAUGAAAAUGGAUUUGCAGCUCAGCUUAUAAAGAGGGGAAGCAAUCCAGAUGCACCCGACUCAGCUACAGGAAACUGCCUUUUGCAGAGAGCGACACAGGGAGGCAAUGAAGCAGCUGCUCUUUUCUUAGCUACUCAUGGAGUAAAGGUCAACCACAUUAACAAAUGGGGGGAAAGCCCUCUUCAUACAGCGUGUCACUACGGCCUGGCAAGUCUGACAUCUGAGCUUCUUCAGCAAGGGGCCAACCCCAACCUGCAGACCCAAAAGGCUCUGCCCGACGCUACGCCUGGGGUGGCCAUGCAAACCCCCCUCCACAUGGCCAUCGCUCAUAACCACCCAGAUGUGGUCUCUGUUAUCCUGGAGCAGAAAGCCAACACACUUCAUGCAACCAACAACUUGCAAAUCAUCCCAGACUUCAGUCUCAAAGACUCCAUGGACCAGACAGUGCUGGGCUUGGCCCUCUGGACAGGUAUGCACACCAUUGCAGCGCAGCUGCUGGGCUCAGGAGCUUCUAUCAAUGACACUAUGCCCAAUGGACAAACCCUGCUUCACAUGGCAAUCCAAAGACAGGACAGCAAGAGUUCCCUGUUUCUUCUUGAACAUCAGGCAGACAUCAAUGUUAGGACGCAGGAGGGACAAACAGCACUACAGUUGGCCAUCAGUAACCAGUUGCCACUGGUGGUGGAUGCCAUUUGCACAAGGGGAGCAGAUAUGUCUGUGAUGAAUGAAAAAGGAGACCCCCCAUUGUGGCUAGCCCUUGACAAUGGUCUGGAAGAUAUCGCAUCAACACUGGUCCGACAUGGCUGCGACGCCACUUGUUGGGCGACGGGGCCCUCUGGCUGCCAGCAGACUUUGCUGCAUAGAGCUGUGGAUGAGAAUAAUGAGGUCUCUGCUUGCUUCCUCAUUCGUAGUGGUUGUGAUGUGAACAGCCCAAGACAGCCUGGGCCGAAUGGGGAAGGAGACGAAGAAGCCCGAGAUGGGCAAACGCCCCUCCACCUGGCAAGCAGCUGGGGACUGGAGGAGAUUGUGCAGUGCCUUCUAGAGUUUGGAGCUAAUGUAAACGCACAGGAUGCAGAGGGCAGAGCUCCCAUCCAUGCUGCCAUUAGCAACCAGCACAAUGUCAUAAUACAGCUCCUCAUUUCCCAUCCGGACAUUCGGCUCAACGUUCGAGACCGUCAGGGAAUGACUCCGUUUGCCUGUGCCAUGACGCACAAGAACAACAAGGCAGCAGAAGCUAUCCUUAAGAGGGAGGCAGGCGCUGCUGAACAGGUGGACAACAAAGGGCGGAAUUUCCUCCAUGUGGCUGUUCAAAACUCGGACAUUGAAAGUGUCUUGUUCCUCAUCAGUGUCCAAGUUAAUGUCAACUCCAGGGUUCAAGAUGCAUCCAAACUCACCCCUCUACAUCUGGCUGUGCAGGCGGGCUCCGAGAUCAUUGUCCGCAACCUAUUGCUUGCUGGAGCCAAAGUAAAUGAGCUGACUAAACACAGGCAGACAGCGCUACAUUUGGCUGCCCAGCAGGACCUGGCUACCAUUUGUUCUGUGCUGCUGGAGAAUGGCAUAGAUUUUGCUGCUGAGGAUGAGAACGGCAAUAAUGCUUUACAUCUUGCUGUGAUGCAGGGCCGCCUUAACAACGUCAGAAGCCUUCUCACAGAGUCCAACAUCGAUGCUGAGGCCUUCAAUCUCAGGGGUCAAUCACCAAUGCAUGUACUGGGGCAUUAUGGCAAAGAGAACGCUGCUGCCAUUUUUGAGUUAUUCCUGGAGUGCAUGCCUGAAUACCCUCUGGACAAACCAGACAACGAAGGGAACACAGUUCUGCUCCUGGCCUAUAUGAAGGGAAAUGCAAACCUGUGCCGUGCCAUUGUAAGGGCUGGAGCUCGACUGGGCGUCACGAAUAAUCAGGGCAUUAACAUUUUCAACUACCAAGUUGCAACCAAACAGUUGCUCUUCCGCCUUCUAGAUAUGUUGUCCAAAGAACCCCCGUGGUGUGAUGGGUCCAACUGUUAUGAAUGUGCUGCAAAGUUUGGUGUAACAACACGGAAACAUCACUGCCGCCAUUGUGGGCGCCUGUUGUGCCACAAGUGCUCUAUAAAGGAGAUCCCCAUCAUCAAGUUUGACUUGAACAAACCGGUGAGGGUGUGUGACAUCUGCUUUGAUGUACUAACUCUUGGAGGGGUGUCGUAACACUGUGGCCAGCAUUUCUUCCACCUUCUGGCUCGGGUCAUGUCAGACCAGGCUUGGCACAGCUAUCAGGAACAACAGAAGAAGGGACAUCAGUAGCAGGACAUACUAAGGACCAUCAUCUUUAUACUAUUCAGUGUAUGAAAAACUAUUAAUCUUCUAGAAGGACAUUUCAAAUAGAAAGUGAAAAAUUUGUAUUUUUUGUUUGUUUUUUGAUCAAAUUAUCUUAACGUGGAUUUCAGCAGCUCUUCAGCCUGGUGACAGCUGGACUGAGUUUCCUAAUUUCUGAAGAUGUUUGUGCCGAUGAGCUCCUGUCAAAGACGGGUAGCUCCUGCAGUGACAUUUCAGUCCAGUGAUAUCACCUGUAGAGGGGCUUUCCAUAUUCUGUGUUGGACCAUCCACAAAAUACUUGCUGACGCUCCCAAAGAGAAAUGUAAUCUCUACAAAAUGAAUCUUUGCAUCUUUUCUUCUUUUUUUAUAAGAUGGGGGCUCUGUCAUUGAAGAAUGGAGUAAAACUGAAAUAGUUUGGCAUCACAUAGAUCAAAAAGGACUUCAUUAUCCACAAGUUAUCUUUAAACCUCCUUUCUUUUUUUCUUUUAAAUUUACAUUUCCAAAUAAGAUCAACUUACUUUAGAUUGCCUUAAAAUUAUUAUGGGGAUCAUAUUUCUUUACAGUUGAAAUAUAGCACAACAGGACACACAUGAAAUGGACCUGGGUUGUCAGUAGGUGUAGGCUUCAGCCACUGCAAAUGAAAAUGUUGAGAGAAUGUGACCCGAGAGCCCAUCUUAUCACGAGGAACAUAAAUGCUGUCACCAAAAUGUGUUCAACAGUCCUAAGUUAAACAAAUGCCUACUUCUGCCUAUGCAUGUCAUUUACUUUGUAGCCAGUCUCUGUCAUGGUAAUAGUCAUAUUUUCAAAUCUGACACUAAAUGAUAACAUUCCUUUUUUCUGGUUGGUAGUGCUGAUCAUUUUCUCAACGAUGUUGCCUCAUUCAAGUUUUUUUUUAAUCUUGAUCCAUCCCAUUAAGCGCUUCUUGAUUUCUCAGCCUAACAGGUGCACUUUAUCAAGAUCACGUGACGUUUCUGAUCAUGCGGGGGAAUGUGGCGUAAGGAGGGGGAGUGGUGGGGCCUCUGAGUAUUAUUAAAUUGUACAGAUAAAUGUGUGAUAUUUUUGACCACUACAACUGUUUUGUACUUAAAUCCAGUUUGUGCUUGUCAUUGUGACAAACCUAAAUUUUGCCUCUGUUAAUCUUUUAUGCACAUUGUUUAAUCUUUUAUGCACAUUGUAUUGUAUCUGUAUGCUCAGAUAUAUCUAGUCUGUCUCUUCCUGGUGUAUUCUUUCAGAGAAAGGGAGGACAACUUUACAUAAAGGUCAUCAAAAACAAA